AUGCCUCCUUCACAAUCGGAACGUACCUCGUUUGAGUAUGUGACGGAUGAGAAACAGCGCUCUCCAGACCAUGUCGAGGACUACAGCAAUGUGACAGUAAUGGAUGGUAUUCAUGUGCUUGGAUUGUCUCCCGAGGAUGCCGAUUUCUACCAUAACUUCACGCCCGAGCAGAGAAAAACCGUUUUGCACAAGGUAACACCCAUCCUUCUCUCUCACUACGGCCGAAUUAUUAACGCCUACCAGGUUGACAUUCGCUUGGUGCCCAUGCUAGCUGUACUCUAUUUGAUUUCACAUCUCGACAGAGCAAAUAUCGGCAAUGCGAAAAUUGCAGGGCUGACAAAAGACCUGGGAUUGACUGGAAUCCAGUAUAACAUUGCCCUUAGUCUCUUCUUUAUUCCAUAUGUCUUGCUAGAGGUCCCAAGUAACAUGCUUCUGAAGAACUUCAAGCGGCCUUCAGUCUACCUCGGAAUUCUUAUCAUCUGCUGGGGGAUUAUAAUGACUCUGACUGGAAUCGUCCAGAAUUUUGCUGGUUUGCUCGUGGUGCGCAUUCUGCUAGGUGUUUUUGAAGCUGGCUUUUUCCCCGGUGCAGUGUACCUGUGCUCUUUUUGGUAUAUGCCAAAGCACCUAGCAACUCGCCUGGCUGUCUUCUACUGUGCUAGUGCCCUUUCGGGUGCAUUCUCAGGCUUACUGGCAGCCGGUAUUGCGAAGAUGAGCGGAGUCGGUGGACUAGAAGGCUGGCGUUGGAUUUUCAUUCUGGAGGGGAUCGCCACUGUUGUCCUGGGUGUCCUUUGUUUCUUCUUCCUUAUCAACUCGCCAAAGUUGUCCGGAAAGUGGUUAAACCAGGAUGAGAUUCGCUUCUUGGAGUUGCAGCACUUCAUCAAAGACGGUGGACAAUUCCAGGAGGAGAGGAAGUCGACUUCAUGGAAGGAUAUUACGGCUGUUUUGGGCAACUGGAGAAUGUACCUGUUGGCAUACAUUUUGCUUGCUCAGUCAGCCUGUUCUUAUGGAACAAAAUUCACUCUCCCAACCAUUACAAAGGCCAAUAUCGGCCCGGGAUUCUUCGCUAUUAUUCUGACCACCAUGGGUAUUUACCCUACCCACCCGGCCACGACCUCAUGGACCAUGAACAACCUGGCCCCUUCCAAUCGCCGCGCUAUUGGCAGCGCUUUCAAUAUCUGUGUCGGAAAUAUUGGAGGAAUCAUUGGCAGCUACAUGUACAUUGAUAAGGAAUACCCUACCUACCCCACCGGCUUUGGCUUGUCAUUGGCCUUUGGUGGAUCAGCCUUUGUGGCAGCCGUCAUCCUGGAGCUCUCCUUUAUGUGGGCUAAUAAGAAGAAUGCUGCGAUGAGCGAUGUCGACAUUCGCUCGAAAUAUACCGAUGAGCAACUGCUGGACAUGGGAGAUAAAUCCCCUCUGUUCAAGUAUACCCUUUAA